AUGAGCCAGCAUGUCUUUGCGCAGCCACUCAAGGGCGACGAAUACGGCCGUUUCCGCGUGAAAAUAUCGGGGAACAGCGGUGCCGGAAAGAGCACGCUAGGCGCGGAGCUCGCGCGCGUUCUGGGCGUGCCCUUUAUCUCUCUGGAUGCGAUUUACUGGUUGCCGGGAUGGCAAGAACUUCCAGAUGACGAGUUCAGAGCCAUCGUGGCUGCGACCUUGGACAAAGCCCAAGGCGGCUGGGUGGUGGACGGCAACUACAGCCGUCCUCUAGGCGAUAUAGUCGACGGCGCGGCCACGGACAUUGUCUGGCUCGACCCGCCUUUCUUGCUGUACUUCCCGCGUCUCAUAUGGCGCACCUUCCGGCGUCUAUUCCGUCUUGAAGAGUCCUGUAGCGAUGGGUGCGAAGAGUCGUGGCUGAAAACCUUCUUCUCGCGGGACAGCAUCAUUUGGUGGUGCAUGACGAACCACACUGUUGUUCAAGCACGCAUUAAGAAGUUCAUGGCCGCGGACGAUCCAAGUGCGGGUGGGCCAGGGAAGUACAUACAUUUGGGCGGCUGGGGUGGAGAGCAGGACGCUUGGCUACGCGAUGUGAAGGCUAUGGCUCGUUCGAAGUAA